CAGGAGGGACAAGGAGAUGAGCAGGAAAAGACCGAGGAAGAACAUGACAAAGCGCGGAAUGGUGGAGAUGGUAGCGGAGACGCAGACUCUAAGCCCUAUUCUAGUGCCGACCUAAAAUCCAUGUCAGUGCCGGUUGUCCAGCAGCAAGGCAGUGGAGCAAAUAUGAAAGGAC